AUGCCAAAACCGUUAUCCUAUGCCACGUUGUCUCCCGAUGAAUGGGAAUCUUUUCAUGAAUUUCUAUCCGUCCGACUCCAGCUGGCAUUCACCGUGUUUGCUCGGGAUAAGACUGGCGGCAUGUGGAAAGCGCGUCGGACUCAAUUCACCGACGAGUUUCUCCAAGCCCUGCAUUUUGUGGGGCUAUCACGGAUGUUCCAUACUGGACUUUCCAUCGGCGGGUUCACGGCGAAACUUAUCGAAGAUUGGGACGUGAUGUUUGAUGAAGUGGAACAAGGGCGGAUGCCAGACUUUUCUCGGGCGGAAAGCUGGGUGAUGGAGGCUCAAGCAUUUCACGAGGCAAUGCCGUUAGCAUGGUGGAAGGACGUGGUCGACAGCGACCCAGGUCUCUCGACGGGUUUGUCUGGCGACUCACCUACCACCCGUGCACCAGACGACCACUCGGCGGCAACCGCCCUUCUUGGAUUCGACAAAACAAUGUCAGCGUGGAAAUCAUACUGCGAUUACCUUCAGUCACGUGUUUCGCCAGUCGGCUACGGAGAAGACUACGCCGACGCUCUCACCUUCUGUGUCCAGGACCUUGCCAGCUACCGCGAUGGCGCCGCAGACAUGUUGGAUUAUACCGCUCAGCAUGUCAUUCCGGGAUUACAAGACGCAGUGAACCGCAUUUCGGAUAUCUGUCUGUACCCUCUGUAUUUGGACUGGUACAAAAUCGGGAACAGAGAAGCUACGCUGACACGUCGAAGGGUUUUAUCUACAUAG